UGCACGCACCUUGGCGAUCCCAGAGAUCUUUGUGCCAACACAAACUUAAUCAUUUGACGCGAACUAACAAAUGGCGGAACCAGAAAGUUCCCAGUUCGAUUUGGUUAUUCGCGAUGGUAGAGUUAUAGACCCAGCUAAUGAACGAGACAUUUUAGCAGAUGUUGGAGUUAGAAGCGGAAGAAUUUGCUCAGUCGCUAAAUGUCUUGAAGGAAGAGGGCUUAAGGAGUUUGACGCAUCAGGCUGUAUCCUAACACCAGGGUUGAUUGACAGCCAUGUGCAUGUUUAUCAGCAUGUCACGCCCUUGGGUGUUAGUGUGGAUGAGACGUGUUUGGCCAGGGGUGUUACAACUGUUGUUGAUGCUGGUAGUGCAGGAGCCUCAACCUUUCCUGGCCUUCGAAAAUUUAUUGCAGAAAAGUCCCAGACCACAGUUUUGGCUUUACUCCACAUAGCAGCUCAUGGUUUGGCAGCAGCGGGAUGUACUAGUCAUGCGAUAGGAGGUGAGUGUGAUUCACUAAACCAAGUUGAUGCAGAAUUGUGUACCAAAUGUGUAGAAAAAAACAAAGAUAUGAUUGUAGGAGUUAAAGUUCGUCUUUCAGCCAGUGCUGCAAAUGAUGGAGCUAAUGAAGAGGAAGCUUUCAGGAGAGCUCUCAAAGUGUCAUCAGAAACCCAUGUUCCUCUCAUGGCUCACCACACAUUUUCCACCAUUAAUACUCAAAGAAAAGGGAAAGACAUUUCAUGUCCCGGAAGCCUUUGUGCUGGAGAUAUUUAUACUCAUUGUUUUCAUGGUUGGCCAAGUACCAUCAUCGGCCCAAACGAACACAUUUACAGUGAUGUUUUAGAAGCUCGCCAACGUGGGGUUCUUUUUGACGUGGGUCAUGGAGCUGGGUCAUUCUCAUGGACUGUCGCAGAGAUUUGUGCAAAAAAGGGCUUCUGGCCAGACAUAAUCAGUUCUGAUUUGCACGUAGAAUCUGUAGAGGGCCCUGCUUACGACUUAUUGACUGUGAUGACGAAAAUGCUGCACGUGGGAAUGCCCUUGAAUGACGUCUUAAAAGCUGUUACUAUGACACCCGCGAUUGCCAUUGGACGAAAUAAUAUGAUUGGAUCGCUGGACGUGGAUCGUGCAGCAGACAUUACGGUUUUGCGCCUUGAAGAUGUUGACAUGGACCUUGAAGACUGUAACGCACAGAUAAGAAAAGUUAAACGGCGCUUUGUCCCUGUCGCUGUAUGGAAGGACGGAGUUAGCUUCGAGAUCUCUAUACCUUGGCCGUUUCCUAAUAAGGAUAGACUACAAGAAUUGGCCUCAUUAAAUGACGCACUUCUAAUCAAAGAUGAAUUUUAAAUAUUUUGUUUUUCUUAAGAUGUUUAUUGAUUCAGAAAUGAUUUAUGAAAGUCAACAGAAAACUGAAAAAAGGGGGUAAGUUUCUUAAGAAACUGUGGUGCUGCGUCGGCAGGUAUAAACAAGGCAACUGAGUUGAAAAAGUAAAUUGGCCACCGUAAAUAGUUUCAAAGCUGACGUUUCGCGCGUUACUUUUCGUCAGAGCGUCAACUCAAUUGAGUAAACAGAAAGCUAUUCACUUUGUCAGAGAUAAAUGAGAAUUUUCCAAGGCAUCUUGAUUUAGUGUGCAAUAAGGAUUUGUGAUUGUGUAGUGCGAUCGUCCGGGCUAGAGUAGUCCUGGGAAGGGCUAUUGCAACUCGUGGUGGUGACUGACGUUACGAUAAUCUGAGCGGAAAUCCUCUGUAUGGUCAAUUGAAAAGUUGUUAUCAGUCCAGUGUACUUGGUCUGGUUCGUGUAAAUUAGUUGGUCAGUCGAGCCGUGAAGUUAUUGGCUGUAAGACCCAAGUGGCGUAAUUCGGUUGUGAUGGGUCAGUUUCGAAACUGACACCUGUCGAGGAGAAUCUGUCGUAAGUUUGUAAACCGGCUUUCCUGGGUCAAUCGUUGAAAAAGAGUAUUGCUUUAGCUACGAUAGGCAUUAUGCAGAGUUUCAGGCAAAAGUAUGUCUCGUAACUAAGGCAAUUCUCAGUUACCCAGUCUUUAAGAAUACGAAACCCAUGUAUUUUAAGGUCGAGUUCAAAUCUGCGUUUUGUCUACUUAGAAUUACCUCAUGAUAAGACUAAAAAUAUUCAACAUCGACGAGGAUGGGAUUCGAACCCACGCAUGCAGAGCACAUUGGAUUAGCAGUUCAACGCCUUAACCACUCGCCCACCUCGUCGGAUCAUGUAAUUUACAGAUUUACAGUGCAUUACAGAUGACAUUUUUUAGGUGUUUCGGUUUCGGGUAUUGGCAGUGGUUCUGGGAAAGAACGAAACCACGAGUUCAUUUUCUCUCGGUGAAAGUUACUCAUGUUUGUGCAUCGUCAUAAAAGCCAGAGAGUAGUACCAAAGAGCGCUGAGUGUUUCUGACAAACCGGAACAGCUAACUCUUUUUGCAUAGAGUUUCGGCUCAUUUACCUCAUAAAAAGCAGAUUGCCACGUUUUCAAAUUGAAAAGAUUAAAAACUUUCGACUAUUCUACUAUCCUCAUAGACCAUUAAGAUAUAUCAUCCCUUUCGUUAGAAAACAAUUUAAGUCACAAAAUUUAGGGUUAAUUUGGUACAAAACAGCCAAAACGAGAAGAAUUACUAAAUAAGAUUGGACUGAGACAGUCAGAGCUAGAGGAGACUGAAAAAGGAUUGCA